AUGGCGGAGACUCGUGUCAUUCCAAGUGGGAAAGUCUACCGCCAGAUGUUUGACGCCCAGGUAGGCUAUAGGUUGUUUAUUGAUAUCAAAUGCUAAAUGUGAUUUCCUCUUUAAAACGUUUCGUACUGUCUAUGUUGUUGCACGUUAAAGCAUGGCAUCAAUUUUAUCCUCAGGUUCAGCUGUCAAGGUCUCUACAUGAUACUCGGAGGAAACGUGAGACUAAUGAAGGAUUCUUACCAAGGGACAACCCUCCACUUAGUAGGGACACAGACACUGGUCUGCAGCAGCGGAUUAGAGCUCAUCAGGCUGAAACCCACCAAUGCUCAGAGGAAAUGGCUGUUAGGUACAGGCACUGUGGAAUACAAAUUGCAUCCUUCUUGCAUACUCAGAACACAUUCCCCACUGGGCACAGACGUAAAUUCAACGUCUAUUCCACGUUGGUUCAACAUAAUUUCAUUUAAAUUACAUUGAAACAACAAAUCAAAUCAAAUCACAUUUUAUUGCUCACAUACACGUGUUUAGCAGAUGUUAUUGCGGGUGUAGUGAAAUUCUUGUGCAGUGCAGUAAUAUCUAACAAGUAAUAUCAAACAAUUGCACAUUGAUUCAACCAGUGUGUGCCCAGUGGGUCAUCGCUUAUUGUCAUUAUGCAAUAUGCAUGUACUUUUGAAGGGGGUGUCUGAGUCUAUCUGACCCUGUUUGACACCACAGGGACCAACUGUUCUCAGGCAUCAAGCAUUGCCAGACGAGUGAGGAGCAGCUUGUUGAGGAGGAGAUCCGUGGACUACCUGACCAUGUUGGCAAGUAGCACACUAAAGUUUUGCGAGCUUAAACAUUGUAAGGGUGAGGAGCAGCUUGUUGAGGAGGAGAUCCGGGGACUACCUGACCAUGUUGGCAAGUAGCACACUAACGUUUUUCGAGCUGUUUAAACUUGCCAACAUGGUCAGGUAGUCCACGGAUCUCCUCCUCAACAAGCUGCUCCUCACUCGUGAUGAGUGAUGGUAGGUGAAUGCAGACUUGUGCUUGUUUUGCCUGAGGUUAUUGAUCCAUUCCAUCUUAUCUCCGCAGUGGCAGAAAAACCAGGCUCAGACAUCAUUGACCGCCUGAUGGAGAAAAAGCAGAGGAACCACCUAGAGGCUAUGGCAGAGUUGCACAGGGACCUUUCUGUGCUCAGUGUGGUAGGCACCUCAUAUUCACUACAGUACCAAGUUUGAAUUUAUAUAUUGAAGCAGUCAUAGGCAUAGUAUAAUUUAAAAACAAGUUUAUUAGUUACUUGAAGUUAGUACAAUACAAUUUUGAGGUAUUUUAUAAUAUUUAUAAUUGUAGUAGUUUAGAAGUGACACAAUGCCUUAUUGCUCGCAGGAGUAUGAGACAUUAUUCAGGCAAACUGGGCAAGAGGUGCUGCACCAACUCUCAGUGUACGAUGGCAAUGUGGAGAGACAAAUGCAGAGGAUUGAAAAUAUUUCUGAUUUGGAGAAGUUCACCUUACAGGUCAGAAUAGCCUUAAAUGGCUUCUCUUUACAUGGCAUCAAUACAAUAAAUAACCAGCAACAAUAAUUUGAAUUAUCACAACUUCUCUUACAGGAACUUCAUGAGUUCUGGGAUACAGUGAAACAAGAGUCAGUGAUGAGGAGGAAGUGGAUCAAGGAUCUGGAUGAUACACUGGCUAAGUAUGAGUCUGACAGAACAGCCAUGGUGAGUCUUAUACAACAGUACUAUAAAUAUUCACUAUGGAAGUUACUUGAUAUUGUUCUUGACAUUGUUCUAUUGGUGUCCAGAUUGCAGCAUUGCUGAGAAAAUACACAGGGAAACUGGAAAAAAUCUGCUACGUAAUGCCCUCGGAUAUCCACCGACUGAUCAAUAGAGAAGCCAUGGUAGGAUGUUCUUGGUGCAUUAUCAUCAAGGUAGUGUAGAAAUGACACUAACUGCAGUGCAUGGAGACACUCAUGUCGCCUCCCUCUGCAGAUGAUAAACCAGGCUAUUCUGGCAAAUAGACGAGCAGUGGCCAAGCUCUACCUGAACCUGAUGGAGAAUGAUCUACAGAAGCAGGUAUUCCACCGACUCAGAUGGGAGGACAAGCUGCAAGACUGGAAGAGGUUUAAGGUCCUUGGUGUGGUCAGCAGGUUCAAGUAGGUUGUUUCUUCAGUGUUCAACAAAUUAAUUCAUCUCUUCCGUGGAAAAUCUAGUAGGCUAUUCUCUGGCUUUAACUUUGACUACCAAAAAAGUCUGCGUCCUUAUAUUUUAGUUGUGGUAUUUAGUGUUGUUAUAAUUGCUGGUUAACUUCUAAAUCCCAUCAACCUUUUGCCAUUAGAGAUUUCAUGGGAAGCCCUCCAAUCCAGUGUCCCAAGGACGUACAAGCUAUUCUGGACACCAUGCGUGCAGCACAGCAAUCUUUUCGAGAAAGACGCAUCAAAAUUCUUCAGUCACUCACGUAAGUGAGCAGGCAAUAUCCACUUUUUGUGGGACAAGUCAGUGUGUCACACUUAGGGAUACAUUAGACAGAAAUGACGACAACGAUUGAUUCGUUGUGUGUGGGUUUAUUUGUAGUGCCAUGAUACCUCCAAGAUGUUCAAAGACUCUAAUCACUGAGUGGUAUAACUCUUUGUCAUCUGUCAACGAGCAAAUUGGUGAGCAAAUCCUUGUUCUAUACUAUCUUAUACUGUCUUAUACUGUUCUAUACUGUCUUAUACUGUUCUAUACUGUUCUAUACUGUCUUAUACUGUUCUAUACUGUCUUAUACUGUUCUAUACUGUCUUAUACUGUCUUAUACUGUUCUAUACUGUCUUAUACUGUUCUAUACUGUCUUACUAUUAUGUUUAUAUGCAAGUUUUGUGUUUUACAUUUCUAUGUUUCCUCAGAUUGUAUGCACAUUGAUUCAAUGAGGAAGCUACAUUCCUAUUAUGAAAAUACCUGGCAAGAAUGCCUAACUGAGGUAGAACAAGUCAAGGUACAUAUCAGUCAUGCUUUUCUUUUCCACCUUUUAGAUCAUCUUAUUUAAAGCCCAUCUAGGGACUGAUUCUGGAAAUUAGCACAAGCUAAAGCAUGAUGGUGCAAUGCACCUGACUCUUGAUCAUUCAUUGUGUCAAUGUUUUAAUUGUAAAUUAUUAUUAUAUUAUCUUUGAAUUAUAAAUAUUUCUCAUUUAAUUUCCAUGUCAAAGUCACAUUUUCCUUUUCAUUUGUUUACUUAGAAAGAGAUUACUACAUAUGGGGUUUCUCCAGAAGAGAUCCAGGACAUUGUUAAUGCUGAGUUCCUGCCUCUGAUUGGGAAAUGCCAGAGCCAGACCGAGGAGCGCCAUGCCGCCAUGGAUGUAAGUCCUGGGAAAAGAGAAAGUCAACAACAGCAGUGUAAUUUUCAUUCAUCCUGUUAAAGGUUGGUGUUCCAUAAUGCCCUGACUUUCCGUCUCUUACCCCAGAGAGCGUUUGAGUCUUUGGCCAAGAGAGCUGCUGUGCUAAGUAAGUCCCUUUUCAAAUUCACACGUGGGGCAUCUCACCUGUGGGAGGUGCACAGUGCUGGGCUGCAGAGGAGGGAGCAGCAGCUGCAGGACCAGCUGGACGAGGUGCGCUACAGUCAGGAGCAUGAAAUCCAGGUGAGCCUCACUCCCAGUCCCCACCACCAGCCCCCCCAGCACUGCCCUGUCACCAGAAGGACCAAUGAUACUGAUAGCAGAACAAGGUCCCCUGAUAACUCCCACUGGUGUCUGUUUUCCAGAAGAAGGAGGCUCAUCUCGAUGUUAUAUUGGACAGACUGAGACAGGAGAGCACUGAAGAGGCACUCAAAAUCACGCUGGAGAAGACUCUACACUCCCUGGAUGAAAUAAAACUUGUGUAGGCUACUAUUGGUUGUUUUUCCAGAAAUAUAAUAGUAUUUCUCUACAGAAGGAGUUUUUUCCUAUCCUGGUCCCAGUACUGUAUGUGCUAUGUAGCCAACCUCACAUACAGGAUAGGCGUUUCCUAUAGCUGUUGUAUGAUUUCCCUAGAUACAUGCACUCCUACAAAGAAGAGGUGGACACAGUGGAGAGUUAUCCUGCCAUGGUCUUGGAGGAGCUGCACUCUUACAGCUCUGCUGUCAGUCGAUUCUUCAACGUCAAGGAGAUAUAUACUGGUAGUCAGGUACGGAUUUAAGAUGUAAAGCAAGCCACUAUUACUAUAAAGAUUAGCCUUGUACAGACGAUUUCUUCAUCACGUUAAGGGUCUGUCCUUUAACCACAGGACUCGGAGGAACUUCGCUCUCUUUAUCCUGUCAUAAACCUUGGUGAGUUGGAUAUUGUCCUUUAGCAGCAGUCGCUUUCAAUGGUGUGACAUUGCUUCAGGAUCCUAUGUAUGAGUGGACAUUUGUGUGAUGGUGGAUCAAUAGAUUUAACUGGGAGGGCCAGUGUGAAGAGGACAAGACAGAUCACUGCACAGGGAAGGAAACGUUGUCCGGGAGGAUUCCAGAAAAGUCCAAAUCCAGCACAUUCAUCCUUUGAUGAAUUUGACACUGAGGUACAAAUCCAUGCAAAAACACACACUUUUAUUUUACCAUGGCAGUGUAGGCAUGAAAUAUAAAUUGUUUGUCCUUGCUGUAGGAUGACAUUGAUUCCCAUCGGGAGUUUCUUGACUCUCAGUCCAGUGAGACAUUCUGCACCUCUAAAGGCAAUGUGUACAACGGCCAGAGCUUUGUCUCGGACACGGAGCAGGAUUCCAUUCCAUCUGAGAUGGAGUUGGUUGUGUUCCCCAGAAGUCUCCUUGCGGAUCUACAAAAAGAGUACAGGCCUGGAUAAAACAAUUUAUCUGUAGUACAAGUCAUUAUUUACUGUUGAAGGAGAGCCUCUUUCUGAACAAUGGUCCUCUUUCCUUUUAGUAUACGUCUGUUGUUUUUCAAUCACCUCGAAGAGAGAUAUCAGACGGCUCUGACCAACACUAUGAAUAUUGUGGCAGCCAAGAAGGAGGCGCUGAAGUCGGAGCAGGAUCUCCGACUGCACCUCCACCAACCACGGGCUAAGAGAAUCGAGGUGGACAUCCACAAUGUCCGUGCUGGUGAGAAGAUUAACCCUCCACUCAAAAUAAACAGUCCUCACCGUAGUUUAUUGUAAAUGAAUUUACAUUUGUCUGUCUGUCUGCCCUAUUUAGCGGAACUGGUACUGCACAGAGAUCGUGUGGAUAGGCACUGUAAAGGCAUCUUGCAGGCCCUUGGCAACUGCCGAACGGACUUCCACGAACUCCAGAUUCGACAGCACAAACUGACUGAGGACUUCAGAUCCCAGAUUUACAGCAUGGAGGAUGUCUUUACCUAUGCCACCAAGUCAGACGUGUAAGGACAUUUGUGGUUAUCUAACAGAACGUUUAGAACAUCCAGUUACGUGCGGUAAUGAUGACCCAUGUUGCUCUUUUUCUUCUUCUUUGUCAUUGCAUCACUGCUUGUCUCUGUCCUCAGGCUGGUUGGCCUAUGUGGUACCCUGCAAUCCAAUUUGGAGAGCCACAUGAACAUCAUUCAGGCAUCACAGAGAAACUUCAGACAGACUCUGGAGUCCAAGCUGGAUGGCCUAAGAGAGACCAACGUCCAGUUAAUCAAAUCCUUUAAGUAUGAGUUGUUCCUCUAUCCUGAGUUGUUCCUCUAUACUUUUGUAAUAGGGUGUCACAAAGUAUGGAUUAUUUGGUAAAAUAUGGCCUUUAUGCCUGCAGGCUGUUCUCAGAUGGAGGGAACUUCACACCCAAAGAGAUAGAGGCGCAUCACAAACGGAUUGAGAAAAUGGUUAAACGUAUCGACACCAAUGAUGAGGCCAUAAUGCUGGAUAUGGAGGGGACAGAGUCCAAGUGUCUGGAGCUGGUAUGAACUUUAACUAAGCCCAAAGGAAAGUCACAUUACAUGCAUUUGUUUUCAGCCAGAUUAUUUCAGUGUUACAUAUUUGUACUGAGCUUUGCCAUACCAAUGUUGCAUUUCCCCCUUAGGCGAAGGAUGUGAUAAACAGAUUUGAGGAGAAAUUCCACUUUUUGACAGUGGAUUUGAAGUUUCUGGAGAAAAUCCAAGGAAUGCUAACAAAUACACAGGUUCAGAUAAAAACGGAGGUACAUUAUUAUAUCUGGUCUGCCCGCCUCUCAUGAUGGCUCUCUUGUUUACCUUCUUGCAUCCCUCUCUUGCCAUUACUCAUAUCUUAACUUACACCCACAGGUCAAAAUGUGUCUGUUUCUCUUUUACAGGCAACAAAGAGUAACAUGCAAAAGAAGAAAAUCAACAGCCUCCUGACCGAGUUAAAAAGUAUGGUAGAUACUUGUGCCAGAAGCAGUCCAGAAAAGGUACUAAACUCAAUCAAAAUGUGUGCUGAUUGAUUUAUGUUUUUCUCUUGUAAAAGACUACUAGACAGAGCCUCACACGUUAUUUUUUUAUCUUUUUUUGUUUUCGCAUUAAUAACAGCAUAUUUGUACUAAUUGUCCUAAUAUACGUUCAUUCAUUUUCCCUCUUGUAGACAGUGACGACAGAUUAUGUUUUCACCUUUACAUGGUCUAUAAUAGAGGAAUUGAGGGCACGAUGCCAUUAUCUUGAAUGCUUUUUGGUAAGUCUGUUGCAAUGGAUUUAAACUCUUAUAUAUAAACAUACAUAAAGACAGCUUACCCAAAAACACAUUGUUGUAUGAGAAAUGGACUGUAGCGGAUUUUACUAUGUUGUUGUUGAUCCAUAGUUUUUAUUGUUGCAUUGACAAUGACUGAGGUCCAGCUAGGGUUCAAUGCAGUGUGUUUUGUGUGCAGAACCCUUCCAUGGCAGUCCUGAUGCCUGAAUGCCCUCUCCAGGGGCCCUUUGCUGUAGCGGCACGCCCCAAGUCCCGCAAGUCAGCCAGCCCUGCCACGGACGGCCUGCUCCAGCCCAGCCGCAUGGGGGUGUCCUUCAUGGAUGAUGUGGCCGUGGGGGUCAUCAGGGGACUGCUGAGGUCAGAGAGAAGCUCACACAGCCUCUAAUAAUAAAAUCUGUAACUCUGUUUAUAAGGCCAUAGAGAAUCAUGUUCAUGCAGACAGUAUUAAUUUAUGAUAGUGGCUGUCAGAACUCCCUGGUCAAAGAGGAGAUGUAUUAAGUCCAAAUAUGGCCAAUUUAAUGACUGAUCUUUUACAUGAGAAAUGCAGUGAAAAGCAGAACUGACAUUCUCUGAUGAUUCCUCAGGCUAAGCAAGCCUAAAGUCACCCAGGAAGCCAAUUCAGAGUCGACAGAGAGGGUCUCAGCAGCAGUCACAGGUACCAGCCAUGUUGGCUUACAAUGAUGUCACCCACUUCAGAGGAAGAUGGAAUUCAAUCUAGCCAAUAAGAACUAGCCUGGUGCCCAGACUCUGAGCCAUAUUGCUGUUUGUACUUAGCUAUGCUAACGUACUAUGUGGUCUGUUUGGCUCCCAGGCUAGCCAAGAACAAAUGCAAAAAAAGUAAUACUGGUGGAAGUAAGAUGUAAUGUUUUGUCCCUCUGUGCUCUCUGUAGUCAGGUUGUCGUCUCCUAUUGGGCAGAGGUCAGGGGAUUCUGCCGAAUCUGUCAGUGCACAAAGGUCAGAGGGAACCUUUUCAUGUCGUUAUCACUGGGGCACAAUCAUGCAGAAAUCACUUGUAGUAACAGUAGAGUUACUGUAUAGCUUAUUAAUAGAUUAGUAUUGCUGGUCAGUUUACAUGGAGACCUAAGCACUCUCAUCUAUUUAUUUUAUAGUGUGAAGAGGUUUUCCAAACCCACUCGCUUUGACAAGAGAUUCCAGGUGUUUGGUCCCAAACCAGAGAUGCAUGGCGUGUGAGUAGUCCCUUAAAGCACAGCAGCAUGCCCUACUGAGAUCAAUGCUUUGCACAUCAAUACUGAUUUCAAUUCUCUCACUGCUGAAGAUAACAUCUGUCAUUCUUUCAGAACUGCCUUCAAAAGUUUGAUAAACGGCAUUCUUUGGAAGACCAAUGAUAUUCUUCUCCUGGUUGCUGAGGUAACAGCUCCUUCUUUAUAAUCUGCAGUUAAACCCAAUAUUGCCAUGUGUCUUUUGAUCCUAUGUUAUUUGUAGUAAGUCUAAUAUUCACAUUAUUCAAAAUCUUCCCAAUGUUAAUUGCCAGUAACACUAAUUUAAUUGUGUGUGGCGAUCAGGAGUUCUAUAAGAAGAAGGAACGCCGGCCUAUCACAAGGCCUCAGUACCUCCAGGAGACGUUUGAACAAUGUGCAGAGGAGAUGAACAAAAGGCUGCUCAUCUACCAGAGCCAAACUCAGGACUACCACAACAACUGUCUGCAAGGUUAGCAUGGACUUUUGCAUUUCCAUCGAUUGGAUACAGUUGAGGCACAUUUUGUAUUUCAAAGCACAUUUUCUCACCCUUCCUCUCCCUCCUGUCACGUGUUCCCUAACUUUGGAUAGAAUUCCGACAGCAGCUGAAGGACAUUGAGGAGUGUCUUUCCAAGGUGCCAGGGGUGCUGAUCUCUAACCUGGGAGAACAACACCUGGAGAGCCUGAGCCAAGACACGGACAACAUCCGUCAACAGCUAGGCAACAGUCUGGAGGAGAGCGAGGGGAGAAAGGUACUGUGGCCCUGUUUGAAUACUCUUCUUUCGGUCUUUCCUUGAGGAAAUCUCUGAUCUGACAAGGUAAGAUUGGUGAAAGCAAUAGAGUGGAAACCAUGGGCUGGAUUCAAUCCGCAUCGCCGAAGGUCCGCCUUCAAAUUUAAAGGCAAUUUCUGAUUGAGCCGACAUAUGCAGCAUUUACAGUGAAUGCAGUCUCUGCGACCGUGGGAACAUUGUCUUUAACUGUCAAUCGCGCUAUAUAGAAGACCUUCAGUGCGGAUUGAAUAGAGCCACAUGUCUUCAUCUAUUCACUCAUAAAUCAGUAAUUAUCUCAAGGGAGGAAAGAUGCAUUAUAAAAUAUAUUCCAACAGAGCCUAUGAAAGCACAUUGCUACACCUAAAGCUGGUAGGACUGGGGGUGGAAGUCAGUCAUACUAGUGAAUAUCCUGGUGUGGAAAGGCAUUCAUGUCUGUAACUUGUCCUUUCAGAAAAAGCACAGUGGCAAGCUGAGUGUGCGUCUGAGCCAUCCUGCUUGUGAGAAAGAGCUGGAGGCCUUGAAUCGUGCUGAAGAGGAGAGACAAAGAGAGCUGACCAAUGCCAUCACGAACACUCUGCAAGAGCUACAAGUAAGCACCGACCAUACAGUGCCUUGCAAAAGUAUUCAUCCCCCUUGGCGUUUUUCCUAUUUUGUUACAUUACAACCUGUAAUUUGUAGCUCAGUUGGUAGAGCAUGGCGUUUGCAACGCCAGGGUUGUGGGUUCGAUUCCCACGGGGGGUAUGAAAAAAUAAUAAUAAUAAAAAAUAAUGUAUGCACUCACUAACUAAGUCACUCUGGAUAAGAGCGUCUGCUAAAUGACUAAAAUGUAAAUGUAAUUUAAAUUGAUUUUAUUUGGAUUUCAUGUAAUGGACAUACACAAAAUAGUCCAAAUUGGUGAAGUGAAAUGAAAAAAAUAACUUGUUUCAAAAAAUUCGAAAAAAUAAAUAACGGAAAAGUGGUGCGUGCAUAUGUAUUCACCCCCUUUGCUAUGAAGCCCCUAAAUAAGAUCUGGUGCAACCAAUUACCUUCAGAAGUCACAUAAUUAGUUAAAUAAAGUCCACCUGUGUGCAAUCUAAGUGUCACAUGAUCUCUAACAUGAUCUCAGAAUAUAUACACCUGUUCUGAAAGGCCCCAGAGUCUGCAACACCACUAAGCAGGCGGCUCCACCAAACAAGCGGCACCAUGAAGACCAAGGAGCUCUCCAAACAGGUCAGGGACAAAGUUGUGGAGAAGUACAGAUCAGGGUUGGGUUAUAAAAAUAUAUCAGAAACUUUGAACAUCCCACGGAGCACCAUUAAAUCCAUUAUUAAAAAAUGGAAAGAAUAUGGCACCACAACAAACCUGCCAAGAGGGGGCCGCCCACCAAAACUCACGGACCAGGCAAGGAGGGCAUUAAUCAUAGAGGCAACAAAGAGAACAAAGAUAACCCUGAAGGAGCUGCAAAGCUCCACAGCGGAGAUUGGAGUAUCUGUCCAUAGGACCACUUUAAGCCGUACACUCCACAGAGCUGGGCUUUACGGAAGAGUGGCCAGAAAAAAGCCAUUGCUUUUUUAAAUAAGCAAACACGUUUGAUGUUCACCAAAAGGCAUGUGGGAGACUCCCCAAACAUAUCGAAGAAGGUACUCUGGUCAGAUGAGACAAAAAUUGAGCUUUUUGGCCAUCAAGGAAAAUGCUAUGUCUGGCGCAAACCCAACACCUCUCAUCACCCUGAGAACACCAAUGUUUUUCAUUGGCAGGGACUGGGAAACGGGUCAGAAUUGAAGGAAAGAUGGAUGGCGCUAAAUACAGGGACAUUCUUGAGGGAAACCUUUUUCAGUCUUCCAGAGAUCUGAGACUGGGAUAGAGGUUCACCUUCCAGCAGGACAAUGACCCUAAGCAUACUGCUAAAGCAACACUCGAGUGGUUUAAGGGGAAACAUUUAAAUGUCUUGGAAUGGCCUAGUCAAAGCCCAGACCUCAAUCCAAUUGAGAAUCUGUGGUAUGACUGAAAGAUUACUGUACACCAGCGGAACCCAUCCAAUUUGAAGGAGCUGGAGCAGUUUUGCCUUGAAGAAUGGGCAAAAAUCCCAGUGGCUAGAUGUGCCAAGCUUAUAGAGACAUACCCAAAGAGACUUGCAGCUGUAAUUGCUGCAAAAGUUGGCUCUACAAAGUAUUGACUUUGGGGGGGGUGAAUAGUUAUGCACACUCAAGUUCUCAGUUUUCUUGUCUUAUUUCUUGUUUGUUUCACCCCAAAAAAUAUUUUGCAUCUUCAAAGUGGUAGGCAUGUUGUGUAAAUCAAAUGAUACAAACCCCCCAAAAAAUCUAUUUUAAUUCCAGGUUGUAAGGCAACAAAAUAGGAAAAAUGCCAAGGGGGGUGAAUACUUUCGCAAGCCAGGAAAAAUGCCAAGGGGGGUGAAUACUUUCGCAAGCCACUGUAUCCACAUCUGUUUUCACCUCAUCAGCAGUAGGGAGUUGGCAGUUCGGUGGCUGUGAGUCUCAUGGAUGCACAUUAUUAUUCAUUUUGUGGAUUUCAGGCAUGUGUGAGGAAACAUGGGGAGGAGUUUGUGAGAGCACUCACCUCUCUGACAGAGAACCUGCUGUUCCAGAUGGACAACCUCCUGACCGUAGAUGAGGUCCAAGUUGGCCGUAAGUCUCCAUCCAUCCUCAUUUUACAUUUUAGUCAUUUAGCAGACGCUCUUAUCCAGAGGGACUUACAGGAGCAAUUAGGGUUAAGUGCCUUGCUCAAGGGCACAUCGACAGAUGUUUCACCUAUUCGGAUCGGGGACUAGAACCAGCGACCUUUCGGUUACUGGCACAACGCUCUUAACCACUAAGCUACCUGCCGUCCUCGCAAGCCUUGUUGAUUUAAAAGUGAAAAUAACAGCCUUCCGUUUGAUCUGAUCUGGAUUGUAGAAGCUGAAAUGAAGAGCGAAAAUGUCACCACUCUAAUUGGCCCAAAACAAGCUGGCACGCCGCUAAAGGAGAAGCAGAGAGGCAGCAGGUAAACACAGACAGGGAGUGAAAAGCACAAGAUGGUGGUACAGUAAAGACUGCAGUAAUAUUUUCAUAUAGUGCACCUCUUUUAUUAUUUGUUUAAAUAAAUAUGAUUAAUACAGUCCUAGAAAUGUAACCAUAUAUGACAUUUUAUGUGGUAGAACGUGGCCAGGAAUCUCUUACUUUGGAUCCAGUGCUGACGGUCCAGUGGAGCAACCAUGCAAGGAAACAGCCUCCAUCACCACUGCCAAGACCACCGUAGGCCACCUGAGAGCAGUGGAGGCCCGUGACUCUAUGUACCAGGUAGGAGGCUAAGUCAUUAACCUCAGACAUGUGAGCAGACAUACUGUGAGGGAAAAAAGUAUUUGAUCCUCUGCUGAUUUUGUACGUUUGCCCACUGACAAAGAAAUGAUCAGUCUAUAAUUUUAAUGGUUGGUUUAUUUGAACAGUGAGAGACAGAAUAACAACAACAAAAUCCAGAAAAACGCAUGUCAAAAAUGUUAUAAAUUGAUUUGCAUUUUAAGGAGGGAAAUAAGUAUUUGACCCCCUCUCAAUCAGAAAGAUUUCUGGCUCCCAGGUGUCUUUUAUACAGGUAACGAGCUGCGAUUAGGAGCACACUCUUAAAGGGAGUGCUCCUAAUCUCAGUUUGUUACCUGUAUAAAAGAUACCUGUCCACAGAAGCAAUCAAUCAAUCAGAUUCCAAACUCUCCACCAUGGCCAAGACCAAAGAGCUCUCCAAGGAUGUCAGAGACAAGAUUGUAGACCUACACAAGGCUGGAAUGGGCUACAAAACCAUCGCCAAGCAGCUUGGUGAGAAGGUGACAACAGUUGUUGCGAUUAUUCGCAAAUGGAAGAAACACAAAAGAACUGUCAAUCUCCCUCUGCCUGGGGCUCCAUGCAAGAUCUCACCUCGUGGAGUUGCAAUGAUCAUGAGAACGGUGAGGAAUCAGCCCAGAACUACACGGGAGGAUCUUGUCAAUGAUCUCAAGGCAGCUGGGACCAUAGUCACCAAGAAAACAAUUGGUAACACACUACGCCGUGAAGGACUGAAAUCCUGCAGCGCCCGCAAGGUCCCCCUGCUCAAGAAAGCACACAUACAGGGCCAUCUGAAGUUUGCCAGUGAACAUCUGAAUGAUUCAGAGGAGAACUGGGUGAAAGUGUUGUGGUCAGAUGAGACCAGAAUCGAGCUCUUUGGCAUCAACUCAACUCGCCGUGUUUGGAGGAGGAGGAAUGCUGCCUAUGACCCCAAGAACACCAUCCCCACCGUCAAACAUGAAGGUGGAAACAUUAUGCUUUGGGGGUGUUUUUCUGCUAAGGGGACGGGACAACUUCACCGCAUCAAAGGGACGAUAGACGGGGCCAUGUACUGUCAAAUCUUGGGUGAGAACCUCCUUCCCUCAGCCAGGGCAUUGAAAAUGGGUCGUGGAUGGGUAUUCCAGUAUGACAAUGAGUGGCUCAAGAAGAAGCACAUUAAGGUCCUGGAGUGGCCUAGCCAGUCUCCAGACCUUAAUCCCAUAGAAAAUCUGUGGAGGGAGCUGAAGGUUUGAGUUGCCAAACGUCAACCUCGAAACCUUAAUGACUUGGAGAAGAUCUGCAAAGAGGAGUGGAACAAAAUCCCUCCUGAGAUGUGUGCAAACCUGGUGGCCAACUACAAGAAACGUCUGACCUCUGUGAUUGCCAACAAGGGUUUUGCCACCAAGUACUAAGUGGGGUCAAAUACUUAUUUCCCUCAUUAAAAUGCAAAUCAAUUAAUAACAUUUUUGACAUGCGUUUUUCUGGAUUUUUUUGUUGUUAUUCUGUCUCUCACUGUUCAAAUAAACCUACCAUUAAAAUUAUAGACUGAUCAUGUCUUUGUCAGUGGGCAAACGUACAAAAUCAGCAGGGGAUCAAAUACUUUUUCCCCUCACUGUACACAGAGGCUAGCUAUAAUACAUAGAAUUACAUAUUAGAAUGUUCAAUUAAAUAGGAUGUCUGUUGUAAUAUGUGUGUUUGGUUUGGGGCCCACAGCACUAUGAGCAGCGGUACAGGGAGGAGCUGGGCCGGGCCAUGCAGGAGAGCCAUGUCCAGAGGACGGAGGUGCAGUGCUGGGAGGAACACUGGAGAGGUUUACUGAACACUCUGACCCAGCUCAACGCUGAGUGA